CCAGUUAUACUGCUUCUGUAUCAGAGGAAAACUGCCUCCUCUUAUUAUAACGACAUGAGCAUAAUUGAAAACAUUUGACCGAGCGCCACCACCCUCUGAUCCAAGCAGCUUGACUGGGGACACCCGAACAUUACCGGGAACUGUCGAAAUCUGGUACGAAACUCCCGUUUAUUGUGUGUACUUCCUGGUCCAAUUAUAAUACUGUCUACAUGCCUCCAUGAAACCACACCGCUCUGUCUCCCUUCCACUUGCGUCCGAUCGACGGAUGGGAGCGCAGAAACAACGGAUGUAGCCUCACUAUUAUAUUAUUGAUGUUUCCAGACAUCCGCCGCAGCCCGUGUAGCCCUGAUUGUGGCCGAUUUUUCGGACGUGCAAGCGACGCUGCUCCUGCUCGAAAUUCAAUUUUCUUUUGUCUGCGCAACUGGCAGCAACAUUUGUUGAUGUGUGAUCAGGGAUUGGGAAGUAAACACGCUGGCCUGCGCUCAUGAUUAGAGCCGAGGCGAGAUUGAUACCUCAGACUCAGAUUACCCUUGAUCGCAAGUUGAUUUUACUCCGGAGCAAAGGAACUGUUGGCUCCAAUGGCGUCAGUUUCGAAGGUGUCUAUUCUGGAUUACUUUAAUAUUGUGUUUGAAGGUGAAAAUGGCAAAAUCGAGUCCAACUGCAAGGCUUGUGGCACCAGGAUCCAGGCGAAGCGGAGUGUCACGUCCAACUUCGUAACGCAUCUCAAGCGGAAGCACCAGGCUAUGUAUGAUGACUUUGUGAAAAGGAAGGAUAUGAAGAGAGAGGGUUACUCCUCUGGUUCCCUGCACAGUUUCACCAGCAAUGGAGGGAAUACCCGCUACACUCUUCCCAUCAGUACUGGAGUGGGAGGAGGAGGAGGAGGAGGAGGAGGAGGAGGAGGUGGUGGUGGUGGUGGUGGUGGUGUUGGAGGAAUGGUAACUCUUGAGGGAGGAGUAGGGGGAGGCUCAGGAGGAGGGGUGACCAAGUUUGACAGACAUGACCCACGUCAGGUUUUGAUCUCUGAGGCCAUAGCUAAGAUGAUCGUGCGUGAUCUGCAGCCAGUCUCCAUAGUGGAAAAUCAAGGCUUCCGAGAGCUGCUGCAGCUCUUGGAGCCACGUUACACUCCAGAGCCUCAGCACUACAUCCAGAGCCAGCUCCUCCCAGCCUACGCCUACCAGGUCCAGCUGACUACGCGUCAGGCCCUGGCCUCAGCGCACGCCCUCAGUCUCAGCCUGGAUCUCUGGAGGGGCUUUUCUGGAGCCACAUCAGGGUACCUUGGUGUGACCUGCCAUUUUCUUACAUCUGAUUGGCAGAUGCGCUCAGCUCUGCUGGCGUGCCUUCCCCUGACCGGUGGCAGCUCUGGGAACCGUGUGCUGUCAGAUUUUGAUGAAGUAUGUCAUUCUCACGGGGUGUCGGGGAGAGCGUUUCGCAUUGUUGCGGACCCUUUUCUGGCAACAACAACCCUAAAGCCAUGUUGUCUCCCUGGUUUCCUGAUUUCACCUCCUCUUGCUAAUGUGCAAGAUGACGCUGACGAAGAGGAGGUGGACAAUGGUAACGACGUGGAGGAAGGGAUCAGGAAUGGCCACGGUGAUGGGGGAGAUGAAGGAGAGUGGGAGGACUCGUGGGAGCGGGGUCUGGGUGUUUGUCGGGUAGACUGCUUCUCCCGCUCUCUUGAGCAGUGUGUCAGAGAGGGCUUACGCUCCUGUCCACAGCUCUCUUCCACACUGGCCAAGGCUGCGUGUUUCUACAACUAUAUUACCUCUGCUGUCCCACCUGAGAAACUCAGCCAGGUGUUUGAUGGUCCUGGGCUGACAAUGGGGGGACCACGAAAUACUCCCCCUGCAGUGAGAGACUGGGCCGCUCAGCUUAAGGUGCUUCGACGGCUGCUGGACUCGGUGGAGUUCCUGGAGGAGAUGAGUGGUCCAGGGGAACUGGCGCUGGAUGCUUCAGAGAGAGCCCUCCUGAGGGAGCUGACUGACACUUUGGAGCCCUUCGCCGAGGCCUGGGACAUGGUGCAUGGGGACAGACAGGCAGACGCACAGACAGACAGACACGUGUCCAUCAGCCUGGGGCUCCCAUGUGUCCUUGGCCUACGUAAGCAUCUCUCUGAGACGUCAACCCCCCACUGCCCCUCUCUCCUGGUGGGCCUCAGCCAGGCCGUAGAGCGUUGGCUGGCCCCCAUCCUUGAGGACCCCCUCUACAUCACGGCCACCACUCUGGACCCCCAGUUCAAGCUCACUUGGAGCAGCAACCCUGACUGGCACAGACAAGUUCUCAUAGAGGAGUUAUCCAAACAUUCCACAGCCUCGAGCCCCGUAGACACCAACAGAGACCUACACGCUCAAUCUCAGACUCCCCCCGCUCCAGCUCCGUCGCCGGUCUCCUCGCUCUCUCGGCCCUGCAAGCUGUUCUCUUUCAUCAAGCAGAGACCCACAACACAGGCCAAGAGCCUGGAGCAGGAGUUGACCGUGUAUCUACGAGAGGAACCCACAGAUGAGGAGGCUUUGCAUUAUUGGCGCCGUAAAGCAAUUGACUUUCCUCUGCUUGCCCAGGUGGCCAAGAGAGCGUUUACCAUACCUGCUUGUGGCACCAUGGUGCAGAGUAUUUUCACCACUGCUGGGCGCUGCCUGCAGCCAGAGAGAGGCCGAAUCUUACCAAAGAACCUGGAGACCCUCAUCUACCUCAAAGCCAACUACAGAUUAUUAUGGACCUAAAGCUAAGAGUCAAAUAUGUCUUUUAACUGAACAGCUACUGAAGGCUUUGUACCUGCAGUAAUGUUACUUCUUGGAUACUAACCUCUGUUCCUCUCUAAGGAAACUGAGCUAGCAACAUAACACAGUCUUCAUACUACACUGAGAUGAUGAGGCUCUGUUUAGAAAGGUUUUUCAGACUACAGUAGGUGUGGGUUGCUGUCUGUUUACCAUGUAGCCUGCAAACAGACUAUCAUACCACAUGCCGUGGACUGAGGGGACUAGAGGCAGAUCAAUACUAAAGUAUUUAGUUUGACAUUAUUUUUCCCAAUCAGGGUCACAAACCACCCACUCUCUACCUUCCCAACCCAAAAGACAGCUUGUGUCUGUACCAGCCAACACUGAUAUACCAACAAUAACCAAAUGGUCAAUUAUUGCAUUCUGUAGCAUCUGAUUUAUUUUCACUGAUUCACAAUAACCCUAGAGGUUGUGACUAAUUCAGUUGAUGUUGUUUUUGAAGUAAAGCAUCAGCAGAUAAAUAAUAUGUCUUCAGUUAAUUGCUUUUUUCCUCUAUAUAUGUUUGCUUCAUCUUUGGGAUGUCAAUAAUAAAUAAGUUUCACUUCCUAAUGCAGAGGCGUUUGCAGUUUGCAGAUGUGAGGGCAUGUGUACAUCACACUUUUUUUUUUUUUUGGUCAGUGGAGAAAAGCUGAAAUCUGCUCCACAUAUCUCAUUCUUUGACCCUGUUUCAUUUAUAUUUUCCUCUGCCAGUCCUUUACAGCUCCACAUAUGCUCUGUCAGAGCUGAGGUCAAUUCCAUUUCAUUUUCAUUAUCAGAAUUUUUUUUCUCCCCUUUUUCAAUUUCAUGUCCAAUUCUACUUCUGAACUUUGAGGAACUGAAAUGGGUUUGACCCUGCUUCUGCCCCACAAGGCUAGCAGAGUGUGAGCAUGUGGCGUGACGCAGGCUUUUGCUUUGUGUGACCUCACAGAAAUAUUUUGAAACCAUUUUAGCUGGGCAUCGCUUUGAAGGACAAACUGCGAAUGUUGCAGUGUGCACUCGCCUUUUAUUCAGGAACUCUUGUUACUCUGGGCUGGGCUGGUGGGGAGGCUGGGUAAUUGCGAGUAAUUCUAUUACAGUAAGAUUUGAGUCAGCAGGAAGGCAGCCGCCACAUCCUACACGGUCCUUUUUCUCACAACAAACUAAGCUUAGAAAUAAAUGGCAGAAGAAUAUGUGCAGCUACCCUCGUCUUGUUCUCUCAUGCUGCAUCUGAUGGCACAAACUACUUAAAUGCACUGAAUAAGGUUCUGUGAGAUAUGAGGAACAGUAAGACAACAGCAUCAGUCAAUUUGAAGAUGAGUGGCUGUGAGGGAAUUGUGGUGUGUGAUGAUGAGGACCGUUUUUUUUUUUUUUUUUUCACCAAUUGCAACACAGCUUCAUCCCAGAGUUACUGGUUUUUGUUGUUGCUGAAAAGCACUUCAGAGGAAGUGUGUUAAUCUGUGUGAGACACAAUGAGAUUUCACUCAUAGAUCAUAAUUAUCAAAGAUUGCUGUGAUCUUAAUGAUUAUCACCCCAGGACGUCUCUGUAGAUUUAGAUGUGUUGAAAGAUAAUCUGUGUGGAUGUGUCGGCGUGUUUAUCUCUGAAAAGUGUAUUUUUGCUCAUCCCCAUGGGUGUGUUGUUGUUUAUGAGUGUAUGUGGAGCAGCUUGAAGUGUCUCUCUCUCUCUCUCUCUCUCCCUCCCUCCCUCUCGCACCCUCCGGCUGUGACAGCUCAUCCAUUUGAGUUAGAUGAGCGGGCUGGGCUGCGGUCCUAUUGGUAAUUGCCUCUGAAAUGAAUUACUUGGCACAGAGUGAGACCGAGGGAGGGGAGGAAAUUGUAAUUGAACUGCCCCUCUCCCUCCCGCCCCCUCUCCCUUAUGCCUCAAGUUAUUACAUCUGCAGUGCAGAAAGCCAUUUUCUGUCCGCACGUAGACACACAUGGACACAAAAAUACACACACUCUUACAAAACCAAUUUCCCCCUCCCCCACACGGUGGCCUCGGCAGAGGGCCGUAUUGAUGCAGGGUGAUUUCAUAGAUUGAUUGUUCACGGGCACAUGCACACUGGGCCACACUGCACUCCAGAGACAAAUACUCUUCUCAACACAUUGUGUGUUUGUAUUUGUUUGUGCUGCUUGCCUCCAAAUGUUCCCCUAUUUGGGGUGCCCUUUAGCUGGCCUUGGUGUUUUGCUAAUGGGCUGCAGGACAUUAGAGCUGGCACAAACAAAAGUGGUGUUCAGUAUCAAGAGAGCCCUGGUUACCCCAUACACACAGACACACACAACCAAGCAUCGUUAUUAAUAACUUGCCUGUUGCUGGCCUGUUGACACUUAAAGCCCAACAGAUUAAAGAGCCACCACUCGUUGUGUUUGAGGCAGGACGUUUAUACACAAAUAUGGUAUUUUCCUUUCUUACUUUGGCAUAAAGUGUGGUUGGAAGAAAUGUAAGUCCUGUCUUGCCCUACUUUCAUCAUUGGCACUCACUCUUGUGUUUGGCCUUUUAAUAGCCAGGGCAUGGAAAGAGGGGGAGUGAGUUAACUGAACCACCUACCCCUGCCCCAGCCAGACAUGCACAUGUUGUGAGUCCAAGCAUAGCACACAAUAGGAUCUAUUUCUGUAAAUGCACUGGGGUUAUCACCCCACUUAUGCUAACUCUCUCUCUCUCUCUCCUUUCCUCUCUCUCUUUAUCUAACGCCGUCACCCACUUCCACAAAAUCAUGGCUGACAGAAACAGCCGGUUAAGUGCUAAGAAGAAAGAGAAGAAGGUGGAAAACAAAACAAAUGAUGAGAAGGACAAAGAAAAAGACAAGGGGAAGGAGAAAAAUGUGAAAAA